AUGUUGUCAUCCUGUGUGUGUUCUUUUGUAGUAGAUGCUUUGGAUCCCGAGAAACUAUUACAGUGUCCAUAUGACAAAAAUCAUCAGAUUAGAGCAUGUAGAUUCCCCUACCACCUUGUCAAAUGCCGUAAGAACCAUCCUACUCUUGUAAAAAAGCUGGUCACAUGCCCAUUUAAUGCCCGUCAUCAGGUCCUCAGAGAAGAGUUCAGCCAACACAUAUCAAGCUGUGAUGACAAAAGAUGUAUUGAGCAGGACAUUGCAAAUCAGGUGAAUAACCACAGAAGAGAAGUUAAUGUUAUAAGUUCAUGGCAGUCUCCUCCAUGUGAAGAAGAUUGGGACAAAGAUCUGGUGGACCAGUCAAACUCUAUCUUCAUUUGGGGCACCAGCUGCUGUGCAGUAAACAGGUCUGGAUCAAAUACAGCAAUGGGAAAUAAGAAUCACCUAGCAUCAUGCCUUCGUGCUCCCAGGUCCAUGCCAUAUGUAUUACCGUGGAAGAACAAUGCUGGAAAUUGAAGACCACGACAGAAACCAUCCUUUCCAGUGGCUAUCAAGUGCUCAUUAUCUAAUCUAACAAAAAUACUGAGAUGCCAGCAGAGAGUCUUGGACUAAAUUUGUGUUCUUUUGGGGGUUUGUAAAACUAAACAAGCCCUAAAAAUCCAAGUUCUUAAUCCUAAAUGUAGCAGUUAACAGUAUGGUUACCUAUACUAUUUUAGUUAGUAGGCAUUAUACAUCAGGAACUCCUCCUUUAAAAGUUUGGUUGAAGUAGACAGUGUUUUUACAAAAGCCAUAGAUAAAAAAAAAAGAAAUUACAGUUUGAUGGGGUACGUCUAACCUCUUGGUAAAAGGUUUUAGGAUACAUCCUUACUGUGGUGACUAAAUGAUGGGAUCAGUUCUCAGCACACAAACAAAACUAGUGCUACAGUUCCAAGGUUGUGAUUUAAAAUAGUUGUAGUAAUUUGCAAUUUUUAUUUUACUAUUUUUGGUUUGCCUAUUUACCAGAACAGAAUGAGCCUUAUAUUACAAAGGGUUCCCUAAAAAAAGAAAAAACGAGUGAAGUAGACAUGUCCUUAAAAGACAAGCAGGAUAAAUUCCUAGUUGAUGGAUAUCAUUAACUGCCUCUAUGGAGGUUCAGGAUACAACCUUUGAUGUGAUGGAGUGGUCAGUUUUUUGCACACAACCAAAAUACUUUACAAUUCAAAAGGUUUUGUGUGUGUGUGUGUGUGUGUGUGUGUGUGUGUGUGUGUUUAUGUUUAAAAGCAGUGUUAUUCUGUGUUUGUUUAAAGGAUUGAAUCACCAUGUUGUUAGGCACUUCUGUUCCAGCAUCCCCUAAUGCCACUUGAGGUACUAAAUUCUGUCUUAUAUCUUUAAACAACAUGAGAAAUGGUAUAUUUAGAGGCCAUCCAUACUGUAGAAAUAAUCUAGGUUGACAUCACUAGUUUAACUGCAUGGCUCAAUGCUAUGGCAUUGUGGAAAUUGUAGUUUGUUUUGGCACCAGAGCUCUCUGAUAGAGAAAGCUAAAUGCACAAAACUACAGUUCCCAGAAUACAAUAACAGUUAAAGUGCUGUCAAAUUGAAUUAUUUUUGAAGUGCGGAUGCAGCCUAUAUCAGGUUUUGUUUCCUCUGCAGUCAGAUCCUUUCUUUUCCUGCUCGUUCCCUCUCUAACUCUCUUUAUUCACCUGAAUCACCCUGCCAUAAGUUGCUCAUAUCCCUUUGUGGUAUAGGUUGAGGAAUAACAUUUAAUGAUAAAUUGUUCUCUGGACAAGAAGUUUGAAUACAGCACCUGCAGUAUUGUGGACCUGUGGCUAUUAUUGAUGGCUUAAUAUAAAGGCACACUGGAUCUUGAUACUUUAUUUCCAGAAGUGAAAAAGAUGCUGACACCCACCCUAAAAUUUCAGUCAUGUACAUUGAGAGGUGGACAGGGAGGGCUACUUCUAUAUAAGCAGAUCCUAUUUGAUAGAAAACAUUGAAAGGAAUAUAUAACUGGCAGGAGCAGCUUUUGUGUCCCUUUCCUUUAGUACUGUACUGGUUCUCAUCUCCUGGAAAUCUUCUAAUGCCCGGAGAAGGGCCUGUGCAGUUGGAACCAACAUAUGUGUUCAAGACUUCUUAAAUAUUCUUGUCAUCUAAGAGCUGCUCAUACAACUGGAAGACACCAAAGGUAGGAUGAAAGAAUUUGACAUGUACCAACCUAUCAAUUUUUUUUUUCAGUCAGUGUCCUGAUUCUUUGGGGCAGAACAGAUUGCCGAAAUCUGAAAAAGCCAGAUUGAGGCCAUGACAGUCACACGUCACGGCCUUUUUGCCAGCCCAAAAAGAAGCAACAAAGAACCGCUCCUUUCUGUGCUGGCAAAAAGCUGGCUUUUCUGCACCACCAUGGCUUUAAGGUGCUCAAGUGGUCUGUGGCUUCUAAAUGCUGUGCCACCUGAGUGCCUUGAAGCCGGUUGCUGUGCAGGCAUGAAGCCAGCUUCUGGGCAUCAUGGGGGCAUGAGUCAUGCAUAUGCUAUGCCCCCAAGCUGACUGGAAGCAGUCUUUUCAUGCUGGUUUGUACUGUCCCCUAAGUAGGUCUGGCACUUUUUUAGACACAUCAAGGAGUGAACAGAUGCAGCUAGAGCAAGUUACAACAUUGAUUAUCUCUGAACACACAUGUAGAGAGCUGACAUGGGUGAAAGAUAUGAUGAUUUCCCAUUAUCAGUUUGCUGAAUGAAAAAGCAACUCUAAAGGAAGUCACUUCCCUGGCUAAAAUGUUGUGUGAAUCUGCUCUUACUUCAUUUUUGGUUUGUUCUGCUGCCUGCCUUUUCAUGCUGGUACUGAAAUUCUAGUAGAGCCAUAAUUGACCUGGUGCUCUCCAGAUAUGUUGGACUACAAUUGCCAUAAGCACUAGCUAGCAUGGCCAGUGGGUCAGGAAUUGUGAGAAUUGUCUAGAAGGUUGCAUAAGGGCAACUGCAUGCUUAACCCUGACAUAGCAGGGUUAUUGGUCAUGCAUGAUAAUAAAGCUAGUGCCAUAAAUAUGAACUGGGCUUGGGGAUCAUUUUGAAUAUAUUUCAUUGAUAAAUGCUCAGCCUCUGUUUCUUUUUCUAACUGCAUUCAAUAAAAUGGCAAACACAGUUUGGUUACUGAUCAUCUCUCUGACUUCACAGGCCUGUGGGUCAAUUGCAUCAGUAGAAGAGACAUGAUUCUUUGUUGAAUAAAGAUGAAAGGUUUAUUUGAAGAAUGUCUUUAAUUGAAUUGCCUGCUUGCUAAGAUUAAGCCCCUCAAAUACAUCCCACAGAGGGCUUUCUUGUUUAAUAAGCUUUGGUAGAUUGUUUUUUUUUUUUUUGGCAUUUUAGUUAUAGAUGCUGAGAAAGCUGUUCUUAUGAACACUUAUGUUUGUUCUCUCUUCUGUUUGUAAAAAUUUGAAAGAAUUGAAAAGAACUGUUCAUUAAAACCAUUCUUAGUAAUAAUUUUGAGUUGAC